AUGUCUCUCACCAGCAAGCUUUCUAUCACAGAUGUGGAUCUCAAGGACAAGCGUGUCCUGAUCCGAGUUGACUUCAAUGUCCCCCUCGACAAGAAGGACAACACCACAAUCACCAACCCCCAGCGUAUCGUCGGUGCUCUGCCUACCAUCAAGUAUGCCAUUGAACAAGGCGCUAAGGCUGUCAUCCUCAUGUCCCACCUCGGCCGUCCCGACGGAAAGGUCAACCCCAAGUACAGCCUGAAGCCUGUGGUGCCAAAGCUCAAGGAGCUGCUCGGCCGCGAUGUCAUUUUCACCGAGGACUGCGUCGGCAAGGAGGUCGAGGAGACCGUCAACAAGGCCUCCGGCGGCCAGGUCAUUCUUCUUGAGAACCUGCGCUUCCACGCUGAGGAGGAGGGAAGCUACAAGGAUGCCGAGGGCAACAAGGUCAAGGCCGACAAGGCCAAGGUUGAGGAGUUCCGCAAGGGACUGACUGCUCUCGGUGAUGUUUACAUUAACGACGCCUUCGGAACCGCUCACCGUGCCCACAGCUCCAUGGUCGGUGUCGACCUCCCCGAAAAGGCCUCCGGAUUCCUCAUGAAGAAGGAGCUCGAAUACUUCGCCAAGGCCCUCGAGAACCCCCAGCGCCCCUUCCUCGCCAUCCUCGGAGGCUCCAAGGUCUCUGACAAGAUCCAGCUCAUCGACAACCUCCUCCCCAAGAUCGACAGCCUGAUCAUCACCGGCGGCAUGGCCUUCACCUUCAAGAAGACCCUCGACGGCGUCAACAUCGGUGGCAGUCUCUUCGACAAGGCCGGUAGCGAGAUUGUCGGCGACGUCAUCGAGAAGGCCAAGAAGAACAACGUCAAGGUCAUCCUCCCCGUCGACUACGUGACGGGCAACAAGUUCGGCGACGAUGCCGAAGUUGGCUACGCCACCGAUGAGAAGGGUAUCCCCGACGGCUGGCUCGGUCUCGACGUCGGCGAGAAGACCGUCGAGUCCUACAAGGAGGUCAUCGCCGAGUCUAAAACCAUCCUCUGGAACGGCCCCGCUGGUGUCUUUGAGAUUGAGAAGUUCGCCUCGGGAACCAAGGCUACCCUUGACGCUACCAUUGCUGCCGCCAAGGAGGGCUCCAUCGUUAUCAUCGGUGGUGGUGACACCGCUACCGUUGCUGCCAAGUACGGCGCUGAGGACAAGCUCAGCCACGUCUCAACCGGUGGUGGUGCUUCACUAGAGCUGCUCGAGGGCAAGACCCUGCCUGGUGUCGCUGCUCUCUCAGAAAAAAGUAAGUAA